AUGGCAGAAAACGAUGAUAUGGACCCAACGCAAUACUUUGAGAACAGAUCCAAGUAUAUUGCAGCAGAGAAGGCUAAGGGAGAGAAUCCAUACCCAUACAAGUUUUCUCCGUCGAUUACAAUCUCUCAAUACAUUGACAACUAUAGUAGUUUAAGCAAAGGUGACCAUGUUGAAGACGACGACCAAGUAUCUCUAUUCGGACGGAUAAUAAGCAAGAGAUCUUCAUCUUCCAAGCUUUUCUUUUAUGAUUUGCUUAAUGACGGUUUUAAGGUCCAAGUUAUGGCUGAUGCAAGUAAGUCAGGAUUAGAUGAAGCUGAAUUUGCUAGGCUACAUGCUAAUGUUAAGCAUGGAGAUAUCAUUGGUGUCACUGGAUUUCCAGAGGGGAGAGUUAAGUAUUUCCCACGAUCUUUUACGGUGUUGUCUCAUUGCCUCCACAUGAUGCCGAGGCAAAAGGCCGGUCCUGGAGCCGAGGCAAAAGGCCGGUCCAAUAUAUGGGUUCCUGGACAAGCUAGGAAUCCAGAGACUUAUAUUCUUAAAGAUCAGGGAACUCGUUAUCGCCAGCGUUAUCUUGACCUGAUUCUGAACAGUGAGCCUCUCCAGAUAGCCAAGACCAGAAAGAAGAUAAUCAGAUACAUCCAAAAGUACCUUGACGAUCUUGAUUUCAUGGAGACACCAAUAUUGAAGAGGAUUGCCGGUGGAGCUGCUGCGCGUCCAUUUGUGACCCAUCACAAUGAUUUGAAUAUGAAGCUGCCCAUGCGUAUCGCACCAGAACUCGAUCUCAAGCAGCUUGUUGUUGGCGGUGUGAACCGUGUUUACGAGAUAGGAAGGCAAUUCAGAAACGAGGGUAUUGACUUGACACACAAUCCUGAGUUCACUACUUGCGAGUUCUAUAUGGCUUGUGCAGACUACUAUGACUUGAUGGACAUGACUGAGGAAUUGCUCAGCGGUAUGGUGAAGAAAUUAACAGGUGGAUAUAAGAUCAAAUACCAUGCUAAUGGAUACGAUAAGGAACCAAUCGAAAUCGACUUCACUCCUCCAUUCAGGAGGAUUGACAUGGUAGAAGAUUUAGAGAAGAUGGCCAAUCUCGAUAUACCGAAAGAUUUGGCUAGCGAGGAAGCUAACAAGUAUCUGAUUGAUGCAUGCGAGAGGUUUGAUGUCAAAUGUGCACCUCCUAUGACAACUGCUCGUUUGUUGGAUAAACUUGUUGGACAUUUUCUAGAAGGGACAUGUGUUAACCCCACUUUCAUAAUGAACCAUCCGGAGAUUAUGAGCCCAUUGGCAAAAUCACACAGAUCCAAGAAUGGUCUUACUGAACGAUUUGAGCUCUUCGUUAACCAACACGAACUUUGCAAUGCCUACACUGAGUUGAAUGACCCGGUGGUACAGCGUCAACGUUUCGCUGAUCAGCUCAAGUGUGGAGAUGAUGAAGCCAUGGCUAUGGAUGAGAGCUUUUGCACGGCUCUCGAGUAUGGAUUGCCUCCUACUGGUGGUUGGGGAAUGGGAAUAGACCGGCUUGUUAUGUUGCUUACUGACUCACAAAACAUUAAGGAGGUUAUUCUCUUCCCGCUAAUGAAGCCUCAAGACGAACCAGCCGCUUCUGCAAAAGGUAUAGUGGAAGAAAGUCCGGACGAACCAGUCGCUUCUGCGAGAGUGGAAUGCGAAUCGGCAAAGGGGAUGUAUAGUAUUGGAGAAUGCAUUGAAAGCCUAGACGCGAUCAAAGAAAGAAGUGGAAGAAGGAAGUGA